AGACGGGCGAUUUCAACAUGUGCUUCAACUACAACGUGCGAGUGCUCUGCUGCGACUCCACCCACUGCCAUGUCACAGCAGCCAUUUCUUCCUCUAGUGUGCCCUCCACACCUGGUCCCACCAGUGUCCUGGGCUCCACUGUUCUCGUCAGCACACGCACCUUGCCUGAGCCUUGCUUCUGCCAAGCCUUUGGAGGGCUCUUCUCACCUGGCGAGUUCAUCUACAACAAGACUGACAGAGCUGGAUGCAACUUCUAUGCCAUCUGCACCCAGGAGUGUGGCAUUGAGCGCUUCCAUGGCACUUGCCCCACCUCCUCACCCACCAUGUCCUCCAUCCCUGUGCCGCCACCCUCACCGCCUCUUGGCUGUGAUAAUGCUGUUCCUCCCCGCCAGGUAGGCUUCCCUUACCCUGUUUUGUAGGGAUUUUGUCUGAGACUUCAGGUUUCAGAAGAGGGCCAGCACUUGCAAUUG